CUAAAAUUUGGCGCCCUCUUCUCCUCUUCUCUUCCGUUCUUCUCUCCUCUCCAUUUUGCUUAGUUGUCGACUGUCUGCACCUAAUUUACUGCAAAGUAGAUAGAUAAGCUAGCGGCUGCCAAUUGCCAUGCCCAUCAUCUUCUCCACCAAUACACCACAAGGCCAGAAUUCGAAGUAAAAGAUUCUGAAGUAUGGCGUUGGCUGGACGUUCGGUCUUCCUGUCCCAUAAAGAUGGUAUAGGAAAUGCUUGUAUUAGGUUGGGACUUAAAAAUGAUGAAAGGCUUCAGAAGGGAAGGAUGGUUGGUUUUCAUGUGGUUGUGAAAUUUUCCUCCCAGAGAAGAAACUUUUCUGGCUUGGGGUCAAAGCGUUCUUCGCUGCUCUCUAGCAGGAUGGAGGAGGCUUUCUCAGAACGAAGCACGAAAACUAGUGAACCCGAGAUGGGACGCGCGAUUGAUUUGAUGAUUGAAGAAGUAUUGAGUGUUAUUAAAGAGUGGAGCCAGUUACAUUUCAUGAAAGUAGCUGGUUUACUGUUAUGCACUUUCAUGGUCAUGCCAUCAGCCAAUGCUGUCGAUGCUCUCAAAACUUGUGCCUGCUUACUUAAGGAAUGCAGGGUAGAACUUGCGAAGUGCAUUGGAAACCCGUCAUGUGCUGCCAAUAUUGCUUGUUUGCAAACUUGCAAUAAUCGACCAGAUGAGACUGAAUGCCAGAUUAAAUGUGGUGACCUGUUUGAAAACAAAGUCGUAGAUGAAUUUAAUGAAUGUGCAGUGUCACGAAAGAAGUGCGUACCUAUGAAAUCUGAUGUGGGAGAAUUUCCUAUCCCAGAUCCUGCUGCUCUUGUUAAAAGCUUUGAUAUGUCGAAGUUCAACGGAAAGUGGUUCAUUACAAGUGGCUUGAAUCCUACCUUCGAUGUAUUUGAUUGCCAAUUGCAUGAAUUCCAUACAGAAUCCAGCAAACUUGUAGGGAACUUGUCCUGGAGAAUAAAAACCCCAGAUGGUGGCUUUUUCACUCGAUCAGCUGAGCAGAAAUUCGUGCAAGACCCAAACCAGCCCGGCAUUCUAUACAAUCACGACAAUGAAUAUCUUCACUAUCAAGAUGACUGGUAUAUUCUAUCGUCUAAGAUAGAAAACACACCGGAUGACUACAUUUUUGUGUACUACCGUGGAAGAAAUGACGCAUGGGAUGGAUAUGGUGGUGCUGUUGUAUACACAAGGAGUUCAGUUUUGCCAGAAAGUAUUGUUCCCGAACUUGAAAGAGCAGCUAAAAGUGUGGGAAGGGACUUCAGCAAGUUUAUCCGAACAGACAAUACUUGUGGACCUGAGCCUCCGCUCGUAGAGAGGUUGGAAAAGACAAUUGAAGAAGGGGAAAGGACCAUUAUAGAGGAAGUUAAACAGAUAGAAGGGGAAGUUGAAAAGGUCGAACAGACUGAGUUGACAUUGUUUCAAAAGUUACUAGAAGGGUUUAACGUGCUUAAACAAGACGAGGAGAACUUCUUGAGAGGUCUUUCGAAAGAAGAGAUGGAUCUGCUGAGCGAGCUAAAAAUGGAAGCUGGUGAAGUAGGAAAACUGUUUGGAAAAACUCUUCCGCUGAGGAAGCUAAGAUAGUUGAGUGUUAUGAAACGGUCAGCUUCUUGCUUCUUGUUUAUACCAUAUUGUAAUUUAUUUAUUUUUGCAGAAUGUAAGCUGAUAUUACAGGUUAUUUUUCUCUCGAGCUAGCUAUAUAUGUUUCCAAUUGGUUUUACUGGUUGGCAGAGUAAAUUGUUGUAAAAGCUAAUUUACAAGACUAUGUUGAUCCAUAUAUUCAA